UAUAAGAAAUCUCUCUCACAGUUACAGAACGCAAUAGACAAUAUUCUCUUUUUUACCUUUGGCUUCAAGUUUUGUUGUUGCUUACGGCGAAAGCUAUCAUCAUCAAUACAAACGAUGGAGAACGAUGGAGAGAGACCGUACUCUGUUCUAACGAGAGAUGGAGUUGAAGAAAAGAUGAAGAAACAGAUCGAUGAUAUCUCUGGAAUCUUCUUGGUGUCAAAGUCCGAUGCGACCGUACUCCUCAUGCGUCUCCGAUGGGACUCGCUUCGUGCUUCAGAGCGUUUGGAUGAAGACAAGGAGAAACUAUUGACUGAAUCAGGUUUGAAAUCAGUUGUAUUUGAUUCGAAUCUAGAUUCAUCUGAUGAUGAUGUUGUCUCUUGUGGGAUUUGCUCUAAGAUUGGUGGUGAGUUUUCUGGUCAGGGUAAAGUUGAUGAUGUUGAUGUUGAUUUGAUCUCCACGCCCUUUUGUGCUCACACGUUCUGCAAAACUUGCUGGAGCGAGUAUCUCGAGAAGAACUUCUUCUCUUUGGAGGAAAACAAAACUGCUAUCCCUUGUCCUCAUCGAGAUUGUCGGUCUGUGGUUGGACCAGACACAGUUGAGAAACUGACCGUACGUGAUCAAGAUAUGUACAAGAAGUAUGUUCUGAGGUCUUACCGUGAGGAGAACCGGGAAUUGAAGAUCAAACAGUGUCCUACACUGAAUUGCGGUUUCGAGAUUGAGUUUGAUCGGGAGAAAGAAGAUGACGAGCAUAGCUUAAACGUGGUGUGUCUCUGUGGUCAUGUCUUCUGUUGGAGAUGCAUGCUUGAGUCACACAGACCAGUGACCUGCAACAACGCUAAUGAUUGGUUGUCUAGAGACUUGAAGAACUUAUUAGAAGAUUCCUACAUAUCAUCGAGCCUCUCCUGGGUGGACAAGAACACGAAGACUUGCCCUCAUUGCUUUCGGCAUGUGCAGUUUGAUAGUUUUGGAUGGAGCAAUUUCGUAACUUGUGCCUGCAGUGGUCAAUUCUGUUGGAGGUGUUUGGGGCCAUCUGAAGGUCACGUAUUUGGAAACUGUGUUGCUCCGAGUCUUGAGAGGAUAGCAGCAAAACCAGUGAGUUCGUGUUUGGAUCUCUGGGAUGCGAGUCAGAUUUCACUUGCGCUAGCUAAAUCCGAGCUAGAAGCUUUCGAACCGACUGACUUGAAGGAGGAGCAAGACAUUAAGGUGAUAAAACAAGGACUCAUGUUGAUUGUUCAGUGCAGACAAUUCCUUAAAUGGAUCUGUGUGUACGACUAUCUCCACACAGAUUGUGAUAUGGCCAAGAGAGAGUACCUGCGAUUCCUGAAAGAACACGCGGCUACACUUGUCCAGAGUUUCUCAGAGACUAUAAAGAAGGAAGCAGAAAGGGCCAAAACUCUUGGUUGCGAGAGGGUCAAGUUAUCCACUGACAUAAGCAACAUUGGGAACUACUUUUACCAUUUCGUCAACACUUUGCGAGAUGGUUUGGUCGAGGUGAAGGCCAAGUCCUACGACAACUAUGGUGGUCCUUAUUGGUUGUGUGAUCGCUGCACAUAUGGGAACUCUUGGUUCAUCAAGAAGUGUAUGAUGUGCAUUGAUCCUAUCCUGUGAUCCGCCUGCAGCUGAUAUGUCCUGUGAUGAUACUGCAUCUGAUGUGUCCUGUGAUGAUCCUGCAUCUAAUGCGGACGAGCUAAGUGAUUCGUCUCUUCAUUAGGUUUCUGAAAGAUAAACAAAAGAUUUUAGGAGAGAGGAAGAACAUUGCAAUUUAAGUUCUUAUGAUUCUUUUUUGUCUUUCUUGCGUUCUGUUUUAGGAGGUUUUUGUAUUGGACUACCAAAUUUUAAAGUCGAAAUUGAUUUUGUUUUUUCUUUCUUCAUAGUUCACUGUUACAAUGCUUUGUGAUAAGCAAUGUUCUUUCUACC